UGAAAGAUCGGGUUUCGUGGUUCGUCGGUUUACGAGACGGCGCGCCCUUCGUGUACCAAAAAUAAUCGAGACAUCUUACCGUUUUCUUGAGCUUCAAAAAGGUUUCGCGACGCAAACGUGCGGUCACCGAUUCAGAUUUAUCAAGUUCAGAAAACGAAAUGAAAUGAUGUGUUGGGGUUUACGAUAGCUUUUUUGCGGUUAAACUGGGGUGUAACGUGAAUCUUGAUCCUUAAAAGAAUGGAACGGAUAUUCGAUAACCGUUUGAUUAUUCUUGCAAUUUGCCUUCUGCUAUGCACCGACUGCUUGGCCAAAGAUUCGUACAUAGUCACGCGAUGGGCAGAAAUUUUGGGUGCAGAGUUAUGGGAAUUAGCAGAAAAGGUGGCACGACCUGAAGAAUUAUUAAGUAAAUACAAAGCCAUGAACACGCGAGUGGAAAAUAAAUCUGGGGAGAAGCUGGUGAAUAUAAUCAGCGAGAACGUUGGCAGGAUGCUCCGGAGGAAGAUGGACGCAGUAACCUGUAUCCGGAUGGCAGCUGAGGAAUACGCUGAAAAUUGGGAAAACGAUGAAGAGGGAAAUUUCACUUAUGUUUCUGGAAAGUACAGUAAAGUGAUGAAUCAGACACGACCGAGAAUUCCGAAAAAUAUGAAGAAAAACAUCGAUGCGUACAGAGAGAUGAAGCUAACGCCUGAUUCGCAUUUCUACAAUAUACCAGUAAAUACAAGUUUUUCAUCGGUGCAUAUACCUACAAACGUGUACGAUAUGUCACCGUCUGUGGUCAACGACAUUAAGAAGACUGAGAUUCUCGACAAUAUCUUCCGCCAAAACUACGAGUCAGAUCCAGCUUUGUCUUGGCAAUAUUUCGGCUCUGUCACAGGAAUGUUAAGACAGUAUCCUGCCAUGGAGUGGAAAACGAAUCCUACACUGGAGAUUAGCGCGGAAGACGAAGAAGAAAACAAAACGGAAGACGAAAAAAAAAGCAAAGAUGAAAACGAAGAGGAAGAAGAAAAGGAUAAGGAAGAGGCUGACAUUUAUGAUUGCAGGGUACGCAGCUGGUUCAUUGAAGCAGCAACUUGCAGCAAAGACAUGGUAAUCUUGAUGGAUACUAGUGGUAGUAUGACGGGCAUGGGAAAAACUAUUGCAAGAACAACAGUAAGCGUAAUAUUGGAUACACUUUCAAAUAAUGAUUUUGUGACUGUAUUAAGCUAUGCAAACGAGACCUACGAUGUGGUGCCAUGUUUCAAGGACAUGCUAAUUCAAGCCACUCCGGAAAACGUGGACACCUUCAAGAAAGCUUUAAUUGAUGUUAAAACGGAGGGACUCGCUAAUCUAACAGAAGCGUUCACCAAAGCUUUCAGCCUUUUAAACACCUAUAGAGAAACGCGAGGAUGUGGUGCUGAUACAUCAUGUAAUCAAUUAAUAAUGCUCGUCACGGAUGGUGUUCCUGGAAAUUUAACAGAAGUAUUUAAGACAUGGAAUUGGCGCGAGAAUGAUACUCACAUACCUGUCCGAGUAUUCACAUAUCUCUUGGGGAAAGAAGUUACCAAAGUUCGUGAAAUUCAGUGGAUGGCCUGUUUAAAUCGUGGUUACUACACACACGUUCAUACAUUAGAAGAGGUUCGAGAACAGGUGUUGAAAUAUAUACCUGUAGUUGCACGACCUAUGGUUCUUCAAGAAGUAGUGCAUCCUAUUGUUUGGACGCAUGCUUAUGCAGAUAUUACGAAUCCAGCACUCGCCACUUGGCUGUGGCUGGUGAUGCAACACGAGGAACAACAAAAACGACUUCAAAAACAUCUGAAAGGAAAACGAUUGGGUGUGCAAAUAAAUGAGGACGAUUUCUACAUACAACAGCUCGCCAAGGACGAGGAUGUUCGACAGGACGCAUCCCUAUUGAACACGACAGCUUGGCAGGAGUACAGGCUCCUUACAUCUGUCGGUACACCAGUAUUCGACCGUAAAGGGAAUCGCAACAAUCGGACAAGAAUGGCGAAUUUAUUAGGUGUGGCUGGCACGGAUGUGCCAAUUGACGACAUCCGAAAGCUUACAUUGCCGUACAAGCUAGGCGUGAAUGGAUACGCUUUCAUCGUGUCCAACAACGGAUACGUGAUUCUGCAUCCAGAUUUGAGACCUGUUUUCAAAGGCAAAUUGAAGCUCAAUUACAACAGCAUCGAUCUAACAGAGGUGGAGAUCUUGGACGAUGGCCGAGGUCCUAGAAAUCCCGGACCAGAAGUACUGGAGCUUCGAGGCGCGUUGGUGGAUCACAAAAGCGGCAGUUUGAAAAGUGUACCGGUGAAAUUGCAUUACGACAAUAAUCGUCGGGUGAUUCUCGAGAAACGCGAUUAUUAUUACGCACCUCUUCCCGGAACGCCUUUUGGCCUUGCGGUCGCCAUGUCAUCAUCGAACUAUGGCAAAACUUGGAUCAAGGUUGGAGACGAAAUACGGAGAAACCAGAACAUGAACGUGAAUAUCUCUGAAUUCUUCGUGGGGAACAAUUGGCGAAUUCAUCCCAGUUGGGUGUAUUGUCGUUAUCAUUAUUUAGAGGGGCAUCAAUUCGACAAUCCUGAGGAAGAAUUGAGACACUUUUUGAACUUGUUAAACAAGCCUGGUUGGAAAUGGUCGGAGCAAUACGAAGCUUAUCAGAUAGACGUAAACGAAACUGAUUACGUCCCUAAUUGUGGUAGACAAACAUUGUCGCACGAUGAUUAUUAUUGUAACAAAGAAUUGAUGCAACUGUUAGUUUUUGAUGCAAAAGCAACGAACGCUAGCUUCAACAACGAUUUCGUAUUGGACGAUGCUCGGACACGCAAUUUAACGCACAUUUACGGAGUUUUCUUGAGAUUUGUCGCUACUCAAAGUGGUUUGACCAGAUGGCAUUAUUUGGAUACGAACAAAUUACCCGAGGACAACGAUGGCAUCGUUUUCGGUGAUCUUCAUAGAAAAGCUGUCAAUGAACCUUGGUACAAAGCUGCUAUUUUUCAAAAUACAUUGGACCCUAACAGCAUAUCUUUGUCAGUUCCCUGGGAGGCGGGGCCAGAUGCCACAGUGACAGUUUCAAUUGGAUUAUUCCCAAAGGACGGUGGUAAAAAAGCGGCAGCUGCAGUAAUCGGUUUUCAAAUGCCAAUGACAAAUCUUCACGAUAAAUUUAUUGAGCUGACCUCCAAGUCAAACAAUUCGACCUUGAUGAACUGUGCCCAUGUAUGGAUAGAUUGUUACUUGCUCGAUCAGAAUGGCUUCGUGGUGAUAUCAGAGGCGCACAACAACACCGGUCAGUUUAUGGGAACGCAAGAAGGUGCAGUGAUGAGCUCCAUGGUUGGCCAGGGUCUCUAUAAUCCCAUUGAAAUUUAUGAUUAUCAAGCAUGGUGCGAGGAAGUGCGCAUCGAGGGUGCGGCCAACUCUCUGACGGACCCGCUGAUAUACAUCUGGAAACUGUUGCUCUGGUUUCUGCUGCGUUUGACGUGGUUCACGACCCAGUUCGUGAACUUGCCAAUCAGCUAUGCCAAAGUUCAUUUCGACGAAGAUGCUCCGGACCCGCCACCCCCGCCUCGACCUUACCUUUAUCAUUAUCCUUGCGACCAGAAAAGGAUACUUUAUAUGAUGAACACCACUGUCGCUAGCCAAGGAAUCACAAAUCAUUCGGAUUACUGUUCAAGGCCGUUCUAUGCUCGCAGGGUACCGCAUACAAAUUUGUUAUUGGUGGUCGUCGAUACUAUGUAUCCGACCUGUUACAAGAGGUUAGAAGUGACACCGGUGAACAUUUCGCCUCUCGAGUAUACGAAUGGCACGGAGAGCGCGCCUUGUCAUAAAAUUCCAUUAAAUGAUCUUAAAAGAAGGCGUCUAGAGGGUUGUUUCACCGAGCAUCCCUUGGAAUAUGAGAUCGAGGACUGCGGAGGGGCAUCGGGACUGAGUGUAUCCUUGUUAUUGUUCUCCACUGCUGUAGCCAGAAUUUUAUAUACAUUUGUAUAAUCGUGAAGGAA